CAAAAUAAUCCUAUAUUAGGGAACUAUAGAAGUGAUCAGUUGUUUGAUUGGCAACCAAAGGGUGAACCAAACCCAAGCCACUGGCCGGGAGAGUUGGGCCAAAAGUGUAUUGUACCCGAAGAUACAGAGACUUAUAAUAAAUACUUCAAAUUUCAUGAGUUUAAUGUAUUGGCGAGCGAUAGGAUUGCUUUAAACCGGACAUUAAGGGACUCUCGAAGCGAUAGUUGUCAAUCAAAGCAAUAUCCAAAUCAAUUGCCAGACGCCAGUGUUAUCAUCGUUUUCCACAACGAGGCUUACUCUACACUCCUUCGCACUCUUCAUAUUUACUUAAAACAACAUCUCAAACAUUAUGUACGAGAGCUGUCUGUGCCCAUCAAAAUCAUACGCCUGGGCCGCAGAUCUGGUCUAAUUCAAGCGCGAAUAUUGGGAUCGAGUCAUGCCGUCGGACGAGUGCUUAUAUUCUUGGAUUCUCACUGCGAGUGCAAUGAGGGAUGGCUCGAGCCUUUGCUCGACCGCAUAGCUGGCGAUCGAACUCGUGUCGUUUGCCCCAUAAUUGAUGUCAUCGAUGAGCAUAGCUUUCGUUAUGUAACGGCCAGUGAUAUGACUUAUGGAGGAUUUAAUUGGAAAUUUGGGUUUCGUUGGUAUACCGCACCUGAUAGUGAGCUCAUUAGGAGAAAUAAUGAUCGCACUUUACCACUUAGAACGCCUGCACUUUCGGGUGGACUUUAUGCGAUUGAUCGGCAAUUCUUUGAAUAUAUUGGCAAAUAUGACUCAAAAAUGGUCAUUUGGGGCGCAGAAAACAUUGAGAUCAGUCUUCGGAUCUGGAUGUGCGGCGGGAGUAUUGAGAUCGUCACCUGUUCUCGAGUGGGACACGUGUUUCGGAACAAAACUCCAUAUACUCUUCCGGGAGGCAGUAAUUACAUAGUUUGGCACAACACGGCCCGACUCGCACACGUCUGGUUAGACGAUUGGACACAUUUCUUCUUUACUUUGUAUCCGAGCGCUCGUCAGAUAGACGUCGGAAGUAUCUUUGCAUUGGUUUUGGUUUACAAAUGUGAAGCCCAACGAACUAGAAGUCGGAGUAGAAGUCGUGCCAAUCGUAACCGAAGUGACCAACUCUGCCAUCUUAAGGAAGUCGAUUCGUGUCUCGACAAACUCGAAGCUAUGACCAAAGGACCGAAUCCGACAGCUAUUAUCACUACUCCCGAAGGAAUUGAUAAAAUUUGUGGAACUGUGAAUGAAGUGAAUAAGUGUAUCAAAGCUUUUAUCAAAAGAUGUGGAACUCCUCUACAAAGAGAAGUGUUUGAUUUUGUGAGCGAACACUUCCAGCAGAAAAUCAAACAAUUCUGUGAUUCCGGACCUAUUCGUGAAAAUUUCUUGAAGAAUUCUGUUUGCAUUCACGAUAAAGUGUUGUCCACUUCUCAACACAAAUCCAAUUGCAAUAACAACUACUUGUCUUCACUCGAGUUUGCUAUCAAUAGGACUGAAAUCGAUGACAGGAUCGACACGUUAUGUUGCGGUCACAACACAUGGGAGGACUGCACCGACUCUAUGAUCGGCCACUCGUGCGGUUCUGAAGGACAGAAGAACUUUAAGAAUUUGAUCGACAAAGCGUUUGGAGGCAUCACUACAAUGAUAUGUCCCCGAAAUUUCUUCCCUCCGACCGGAAACAUAUGCAAGAAAUCAUUGCCUCCGCGAGGAUUCAAAGCCAAAGGCCGUCUCUCUGACAAUCCCAUCAGUAAAUACGUUACGAGUUAUUUCUCGUUUCUCUUUUCAAACACUACA